AUGAGUGUAGGUGAGAUAAAAGACACUAAAAUGAUUUUGAUUGGAGGGAUAGGUGAUGGUAAAAGUUCGCUUGGUAAUUAUAUUUUGAAAAAGAGAGUGUUUGGUGAAAGAACUGAAGAAAGCCCUAAAACACAAGAAACAGUAGGAUUUAAUGGAGAAGCCGAUAGAAAGAAUAUAUUUGUUAUUGAUACACCUGGUCUUCAAGAUUCUGUCGAAGUCAAUGAAAAUCGGUUAAGCUAUGUUAUUGAAUACAUUAAAGAACAACAAGGCGUUCAAGCUAUUGUAAUUGUUUUAAAUUUCAACAAAGAAGUGUUGUCAGAGAAUAUUAAAACAAUGCUUAAGUUAAUUUGUAACGUUUUUCCAACAGAAGGAUUCUGGGAACACGUAUGUAUUGUUUGGACUAAAUGUUAUAAUUACACAUCAGAAGAAGUAAUAGAAACACAAAUUAAAACAAAGAAAGAGAAAGUACUUCCAGAAUUAAAGAAACUUAUUAAAGAAACAACACGAGAUGGAGAAUGUAUCGAAUUUCCAAUGUAUUUUGUCGACUCUCUCCCAGAUGAAGGAAGUGAUAACGCUAGAUCAGAGAAGGAGAUUGAAAGACUUCUAACAUGGAGUUAUCAUUUAACUCCAAUUAACAAAAAGAGGAAUGAAAAACCGUUGAUUAAAUAUAAGAGCAUUGAAACUGAGGAAAAAGAAGUCACAGAAGUUGUAGAAGCAAACGACAGAAAUAUAAAGUUAAGAAUUGACUGUAAGAUAAGAGAGAAAAGAACAGGGUAUGAUGGAGAAAUUACAUACACUGAAUGGAAACUCAAACCCAAUGGUAGUUAUUAUAAGACUGAAACUAGACCAACCCCAAAACCAGAAAUAAAAGAGCCGCAAAAACCUGAAGUAAAUGAUUCAUCAGAUUGUCACAUUUUGUGA